AUGACGUCUUCAUCCUACUCUAAUGUCGACUGGCAGAAUAGACCUAGUUGUUCCUAUGUACCGGAUACGUUGUAUCAGUCAUGUUGCACGCAGUGGUUGGCAGACAUUAAUUCGGUGACAUCAUUGGCAUCUCAGGCUUCAAAUUACGUCGCUACAUGCAACAACCAACAUCAACCGAGCUCUACGUCUACGACUUCCAGUCCGAUUCUGGAAACUUUGCUUUUACACGGGAAAGAUGCCGUGGCCGAGCAUUAUAUGCCAAAUCCAACAUUGAUUGUUAGGUCUCCCGCUUGUUCGCCACGUUCAACGCCGCCGUGUACCCCAUCACCGGUAUGUACAUCCGAUCGUACAUCGCCAAUGACUGCAACUAUAGAUGAGGUUGCUAGGGCGUAUUUCAACCACGCGGCAAAAAAUUACGUCGAAAAUUACGCGCAGGCGCAGCAGAGCGUUGCUCUCGGAAGUGCUGUUCCUACGUAUGUGCCCACCUCACCCCUCAGUGCUGCUACCCCCCAUGAGGCUAUGGGUGUAAUGGCUACUGCUUAUUACGACGGCUUACGCGGAAAUAAUACGGAGAACGAUGCACAGAAUGGCAGUGUGUACGACCACGAUGAGACGACUACCAAUUCGCUGAAUGUUCAUGGGAUUUGUGCAACCAUAAAUACAUUAGCUGCAAGAGCAAACCUUAUGCAACAAGCAAACCAGCGUCAGCAGACGCUCGAACCACAGUCACAGACUGACACAAUUUCUUAUGUUAACGGUGCAUCUGUUAAUAAUAAUCAGACGCACAAUGUUGGUGCUAUCACAAAUACAUCAGUAGCAAGAUCAAACUGUACGCAAAUGCUCGAACCACAGCCACAGGAUGCUGCAGUUUCUUAUUAUAACGGCGCAUCUGCCAAUAAUAAUCAGACGAAUACUAUCAGAGCCAAAGGAAACUCAGCUGCAGUACCAAAGCGCACGAGACAGACCUACACGCGUCAGCAGACGCUCGAGUUAGAAAUGGAGUUUGGCGUAAAUAGCUACUUGACGCGCUCGCGGCGCAACGAAAUCGCUACACUAUUAGGUUUGUUGGAUCGCCAGGUAAAGAUCUGGUUUCAAAAUCGACGCAUGAAAGCCAAAAAGGAGGGCAGACGGUUCCACCCGGCGAGGCGAACCGCGACCAUACCGACCGAGUCAACGCGGGUUACAAACGAGCACGCAACCGAACUUACACCACAAAUGAGUGCCCAGAGUAAUCUUGUACCAAGUAAUCAACCGGAACAGAUUGCCAAUCAGUUUCAAGGCUCGAUGCUUAACAAUGGCUUGAGUCAUUAUCAGUCUGUCACACCAACCUUGAGGAUGCCUUAUACCACUCAUCCUGACACUCAAACACAGCAUCCUUCCUAUCAGCAGCAGUAUCAGCUGUCAAGUGUCUACACGAAUCCUAGUAACAGUUUUCAACAGAAUUACUCGCAGUACCAUCAGGUAACUUCGAACUUGUAG